AUGCUUCAAAAACAUUUCUGGAACCGUCAAUACAAUCAACAAGAUCCCGAUAGUUCAGACUCUAUCAAUGACGCUUUCGAAGAUAUGGGUCGCGAUGAGUCCCCCAUCAUAGCGGACGUGCUUUCUCCUCCACCAGAGGUAGCGAAUGAACCUUCACGUAAAAGAACUAGAAGAAGAUAAUAGUCUUGUCUGGUCGACAUGAUUGGCCCAAUCUUGUUUUGUAGCUUCUUUAUUAGUGUGUAUUUUAGCGUCCUUUUAGCUUACAAUUUUUUCUC